GGUCCCCAUGGAUCGGGUCCAUACAAGGAAUUUCUCUCUCUCUCACACACACACAUUCCGCCAUUCCGGCACAUGGCCGAAGGACCUUGGUCAAAGUAGCAGAACGAACGACGAACAUUACAAUUUGGCCAUCUAACGUAGAGAUCUAAUAAUUCUGAUUAAAACUAAGAAUAGCAUAGCCUUCAGACUUUCAGAGAACUCUUAGGAUGAUUGGAAUUUCUUGGCGAUGCUUUUAUCUCUUUCUUCACCCCCAGGUACUCGUUCAUGUCUCUGUCAGACUUCCUCUAGAGAUGGAAGGCAUUCUUGGGCUUCUUUAUUCCAAACAUAUAAGCUCACUCCAUCUCAAACUCUACGCCUUACCAGGUCUCAUGGGUUCUCAUAUUUGUCAAUCGUCUCACGUUUUCUUCAUCAAUUCACUGGAGAGAGAGAGAGAGAGAACAAUUUUAAGUUGCUCGAAUGGGAGCACUGAAUUUGACUAUCCAGGUUCAGAAUGUUGAUCCAACCGUGACCACUGCAGAGUUGGAGGCAUAUUUCUCGUACUGCGGGACUGUGGACAAGAUCCAGCUCCAGAGGAAUAAGGACGAGUCCCAAUCGGCGCUGGUGACUUUCAGGCAGCCGUUUGCGUUCCGGACUGCUCUUCUUCUCGAUAAUGCACUAGUUGGCAGGCAACCGAUUCGGGUGUCGCCAUCAAAGGAUUCAACAAAUGAUCUUCCUUCAAUUAAGUUGGAGAGUGACACCAAGGAUGAUCAGGAGCACGCUCGGCUCGUUCCAGGCGUUCUUCGUCCCAAUGAAGCCGUGACACCAGGAGGCGCCACCAACAUAUUGGACAGGACCAGGGACAAGUUGGAGGAGAGGUACAAGUUGUCCGAGAAAGGCCGACUGGUGGUCGACCAGACACGCUCGGCGAUUCACACCGCCGAAAAGGCGGCAGAAUGCUUCAGAUCUUUGCUGGCAAGCAAUCCCUACGUUGCCGCUGGUCUGGUGUUCCUAUCCGGGGCGCUUUAUAAGGCUGCAAUGUACGCAUCUCAAGUGUCGGCUCGGAAAAAAAAUUGACCCUUCAAAACUCCAAGACCCAGAAAUUUACACCCAUGACAUAAUACUAUAAUGUCGUCCUUGUACAGCACUCGUCAGAUUUGUUGAAACAUCUGAUGAAUGUAAACUUCUCUGAUUCAAUUAUAAAGUUUAAGAUCGAGUACUGAUCUGCAAA